UUUUUUUCUUCUAAUCUAAGUGCUCCUCUUGAAUUUAUAGUUGGGUGUAGCCUUUUUGUUUCUCACAAACAAUAUUUUUUUAACUGUGUUUACCAAAUUUGACGUUUCUUGAUAAAGUAUUGCGCAAUAAGUAACGGACCAGUCAUAAAUUUUUCGAAUCAACAAGCCAAAGUUUUAACACUGCAGUAGUUACACUACUACUUGGAAUUGUAACAAGCCAGGCGACGUAAAAAUAGGAAUUCAAGUUUUGUGCUAAUUUUGAACACUUCAAGACCUCAUAGUUUGUUGUUCAUUACACAACAAUGUCGGUGGUGAAAGAAGGCUAUGUCAAACGACAUAGCAAGAGUUUGUUCUCAGGUGGUUGGAAUGACGUCUACCUGAAGCUUUACUCUGACAGCAAUCUCCUGGCAUACAAGAAAAAAGGCGACAUGACAGCAAAAGUACAGAUUUGUAUGAAAAAUGUAUGCAAACACUUUGCAUUUGGGGAGCAUGUACAGAACAACUUCAAAGACAUUCCUCAGCUGCCCUCAGGGUCGAGCAUCUCAUGUUUGAUAGCUGUCCCCGAGAAACCAAGCCAUAAAGCAAAGCCACACUACUUCCUUAUGAACAAUGAGCAGCAGUUACAUGAGUGGAUGUCAGCAAUCAUUUCUACUCUCCCUUCCCGACCCCAGAGCAACCAGUCUGGCCCCUCACCGCCUCAGCCUCAGGGUCCUAUCCAGCCCCAGCACCCCCAAGGGGUUUAUUCACCACCUCCUUACAGCUACCAGCCAGGCCCGCCACCUCCUGGAGGCAUGCCUAUGCCUCAACCCAUAGGUUUUGGAGGAUAUGCCCCCGGUCCUCCACCAACAAGUCAGCCCGGCCCUUAUCCACCCCAACAGGGGUACCCACAACAACAAGGAUACCCCCAGCAACAACCGUAUCCACAGCAACAAGGGUAUCCACAGCAACAGGGUUACCCACAACAGCAGUACGGAGGUUAUCAGCAACAACCCUAUGGGUAUCAGCAACCACCCCAGGGCUAUGCAGGAGGGUAUGCCCAGGGCCCACAACAAAAUGUUGUGUAUGCCACUGAUCACCAUAGGAAAAAGAAAGGUGGCCUUGGAGGAGUUAUGGGCAGUAAUACAGGCAAAAUGGCUGCAGGUCUGAUUGGUGGUGCGGCACUGGGGUAUGGAGCCAGUCGUAUGAUGGGUGGUGGCAUGGGUGGUUUUGGCAGUCCGUUCGGAAUGUUUGGCAUGGGUCGAUGCGGCAGUUGGAGCUCUAUGAGUAGUUUUGGAAGUUGUGGCAGUUUUGGUAGUUUCGGUAGUUUUGAUUAAAAGAACUUUCGGCGUAACUAGGAAAUAAGUGUUUCUUUUUAUCAGAAUCUCCUACGCAAGUUAAACUAUUAUAAUUCAUGUAUACAGGUAUGGUUUGGAUGCGCUCUGGAUGAUGCUGUGAACUGAAUUUUUGAGAAUUCAAUUUUCAAAUAAGUUCAGUAGAACCCCAUUUGCUCAAAUUCACUGUGACUGGCAAUAAUACCUUGAGUCUCGGAAAAGUCGAUCUAAUUAAGAUUGCUCACAUUCAGUUGAAAGAAAUCAGUCCUUUACAUCCAGUUCGAGCCGACAAGGAAAUGGAGCCAAGUGAGUUCGAGCCAAUGCAGAUUGACUGUAUAUAGAAACUUAAUGAACAGUAGUGUCAUAUAAAGGAUAAGGCUCAUGUAUUUAUGUUAUUAUUUACAGAGGGUAGAGAUUUAGAAAAGUUCAUGUUAUAGUUAUAUAAUAAACACAUGCACAUGUAUACUUGCCUAGCAAUGUGGGCAACUUGUAUUCUUAUACAGAAAUAAUGAUGAUUCAUACAGUUAACAACUUAGAUGUACAGUGUGCCAGUAGUUUUAAAUUAUUGUGACUGCAGAUCUUUUAAAAUAAUUAUGUUAAAAGGAUGGGGAGUUUUAUAUGGGGGUUUUGUUCAAGUUUGCACAAAAAUAAAAUACAUCAAGAUACAAAUGCUUCUUACUAAAAUAGAGGUACAAUGUUUUCUCACAAAAAAAUUGUGAUAAAAAAAUACUCACAAAAAUCGAUAUAAAAAAAUCUUUAAAAAACGAGAUACAAAGUUUUCUCACAAUAAUCAAUAUAAAAACUUUUCUUACAAAAAUCAGGCUACUAAGUUUUUUCAUAACUCGAGAUACAAAGUUUUCACAUAAAAAUUGAGAUGCUCAUAUCCUUGUAGAUUACAUGUAUGAAGCUUUAUUUGAAAUAUUUUGAACAAUUGAAUUUGAAUGACAAUUCGAAGGUUUUUUCCUGUAAGUAGUUAACAAAUUGCAUUAUUUGUUUACCAUUUGUAAAAUAAUUUACUCAUACUAAGUAGAUUUUGACAUAAAUGAAGUUUCUUUAUACUAAAUGUCUUUACAGGUCUGGACAGAUGCAAUAAAAUUGAAUAGAAAGGCAUAGUUAGCCAAAAAAUAUAUACUAAUUUUACUGAUGAAUCAAACAUCAAGUAAAGCUCAUCCUCUAUAUAUACUCAUACAUCAUGAUGAGAUUAAAGUAUUAAUGGUAUUUAAGUGUUUGACACAUGACAACAGUGAAGUACUAAUAAUAUUUAACAUAUUUGACGUAUGACAUUUAUUUACCCAAAUCAAUCAUUUAAAUGUGAAAUCAGGAGAAAUUUAAACAUGAAUCAUUUGUAUCAACACAUUCAAUGUGAUUGGGCAGUAAGAUUAACCUCAGAAAAUUAAGCAUUUCAAUUAUUAUUUGUUAGACAACUUUGUGUGUUAAAUUCAGGUUGUAACGAUAGGAUUAUACUCAUGACUUGGUCAGCGGCUCACACCUAUGUUAUAUUAUAAGCAUGAUCAUGUUUACCAACUUCGCUCAUUUUUAUAUUUGCAUUUCAUUCUUUUAACAUUUAAGUAUAUUGAAAUGAUAUGUAUGAGUGUUUUUUACUACUUUGUUUUAUACUUUUUUGGUUUUAAAGUUAUUUGUAGUGCUUCACAAGUCCAGUAUACAUGUAUAUGUACCAAUGACAUGUCUUAAACAUUAUAUUAAGGCUUUAAAAAAAAUGGCAUUUUUUUGUUUCAGUGUUUGAUUGCAUUUUAUUUUAACUUGUGAAUUUGGUAAGUGAAUAUUUCAUUCCUGAAAUAUAAUCUAUCACCAAUGUCCAUUUAUGUUUGUUUUUUACUUGUAUUACAUUGAUAUGCAUGCCCCAGUGAUUUCAUUGUCUGCGACUGCCAUCUUGCAAAAAUGUACUCCCCGGAGGUAACGAAUGGAUUAGCCUCCCUUAGAAAUGAGAGAAAUGUACUCCUCAGAAGUAGAGAAUGGAGUAGCCUCCCUUAGAAACGAGUAAUCGGAAAGGCCAAAAAUAAGACAAUGGAUGUGUGUAUUUAAAUUAUAUAUCAAAAGCUAAGUACAUAUAAACAUGUAUACCAAAGUUCUCAAAUUUUACUAGGGAUCACCUAAGUCUUCUCCUAACAUAUCAUUACAAGGCAUUGUACAAGGUAUUUUUGGAUAAUUUAUGGGUUAUUGUUAAUAAUAGAUGACAACUAGUGUUCAUCAACUGUUGACCUUCACCUUGACCCACUGACCUCAAAUCUGCCUACCAAGUUUGAGGUCUCUCGGCCAUAUUUGUCAAUCUGUCAAGAAACUGGUACAGAAAUACAAUACAUAAUAAACCAGAAUCUAUGACAUAUAUAUGUUAAUCAUUCAAUAAUGCCAAGGACCACAAUUAAAAUUUGACUAUUGAAAGAGUUAUAGAACCUAAUGGUUAACCUUUAUUUUCUGGGCUAUUCCAUUUAAACAUAUUACCCCUGGGGGGG